CUUUCAUAUAAAGAAUACAUACUUAAUAGUUAAUAUCAAUUUGAUCAUUGAUUAAUGUCUGCUAGACUUGGCCCCUAAAUCUCAACCUCCACCUCUCUCUCUCUCUCUCUCUAGUAUACAUACACAGGCGCACUUUCUCUCUCUCCCGCAAUUCUGCCGGAAAGAAUCACAAGUUUCUCCUCGGAUUUCAGUCUCUCAGCCCAUCGCCGCUGCAACACAUCACACAAAAUCAAUCUGUCCCAAUGAGGAUUCUCCCUUUUGUCAUCAUCACCCAUCACCGUUUCUUGAUCUUUCUUGCAGGUCUACAAUGGUGACUUCUUGCCGACUAAAUCUGCAAAUUAUCGAAAUGCCAGUGGCCAACUCCGCCGUGUAGACCGCUCCUCGAUUCCAAAUGGUGGCGGCCGCCGCGGCGCCUUCGACAGCGCCGGCCGACUCACAAAACCCGAAAACCUCAAAUCCCCGGCCGCCGUUGCUGCCGUCGGAGAAGGACAACAACUACAACUCUCCGGCCAAUCUGAAAAAGCCCAAAUCGAAAAUCGUAUCUUCCAGAUACAUGGCCGCCGCCCGUUCCCCUUCCUCCUCCUCUUCUAGAAGGUUCCCUUUCACCGCACCAUCGAACCCGGCCUCCGCCGCACUGAACCGGUCCGUCUCCGUCGACCGGAGCCGUCCCCGUCACCCCCAGCCCGGUCCUGAUCCUAAACCGGAUUCUUCCGCCGCCACGAAGCUCCUCGUGGCCUCCACCAGGAGCUUGUCAGUCUCCUUUCAAGGAGGAGCUUUUCCCCUGCCCUUUAGCAAGUCUAAACCGGUGCCGGCUAAGAACACGGCCACGCCGCCGCGCCGGAAAAUCGAUCAUACGGAAAACUCUAAACCUGACCAUCAGCAUCGCUGGCCGGCGAGGAGCCGAUCGGCGAAUGCCCUGUCUACGAGUGUAAAUGGAUCCCCAAAUGGUAUUCAUUCCUUCCGGCGAUCAAUGAUCGCCGGCAAUCAGAGGCCGAGUCUCGAUUUAGGCGACUCCGAGCUACCGAAGGAUCGGAAUUCAGUUCACAACUAUGCAUCAGGGCUGUAUGAUCUCACUGCAUCCGAUUCCGACAGCGCAUCCUCCGGCAGCACUACCGGCGUCCAAGAAUCACGACGGUUGUCGUCGUCGCCGGGGCAAAACAGGCCAAAUGGAAUCAUAGUCUCAGCUCGGUUUUGGCAAGAAACGAACCGGCGGCUGCGGAGGCUGCAGGAUCCCGGCUCGCCGUUGUUGUCAACCAGUCCUGCCUCUAAGCUAAUUGUGCCACCGAAAUUGAUAUCGUCUCCCCGGCCGUAUAUUAGACCUGCGUCGCCUAGCAAGGGCAUUAUGCCUCCGGGAUCAUCUCCGGCUGCGAGGAGUAAUAGUCCUUCACGGAAUCGAAAUUCCGGUAGUACUCUAAGUACUAGUUUUAGUGAUUCGCCAAUUGCCGGUCGAUGUUCAGUUGAUGCUCCGAGAAGGAAAGCAGGGGAGAAUAAAAUUGUCGACGCACAUGUAUUGAGGCUUCUCUACAACCGGCAGAUGCAGUGGCGGCUCGUAAAUGCUAGGACCGAAGCACUCCGGCUCGUGCAGAAACGGCGCGCGGAGAAGAAUCUUUGGAACGCGUGGAUAACGAUUUCGAAUCUACGCGACUGUCUCACCAAAAAGAGGCAUCGAUUGCAGCUGCUGCGGCAGAAGCUGAAGCUCGCCGCCAUUCUUAAAGGCGAGAUUAGCUUUCUCGAAGAUUGGGCGUCGCUCGACGAGCAGCACUCGAUUUCUCUAAUCGGAGCCAUCGAAUCUUUGAAGGCCAGCACACUUCGCCUCCCCGUCAUAGGCGCAAUCGCGAACGUCCAAUCGUUGCAAGAUGCAAUCGGUUCGGCAGUCGACGUCAUGCAGGCGACGGCGUCGUCGAUACAUCUGCUUCUGCCGCAGGUCGAGGAAGUGAACGAAUCAGCUCACGAGCUCGCAAAAGUCACCGCGGAAGAACGAGCAUGGCUGGAACAAUGCACCGACGUCAUAUCGCUUCUCGCAGCCUUACAGGUUAACGGCAUCAGUCUGAGAACACAUAUGCUCCAAAGUGACCGUUCGAGUUUGAGACCUUUGCGACGGCCAGAUGUGCUGUCCAAGCGAUCGAUGUUUUGACAAGGUACCGAUGUUUUUGUAGCGAAGAAGAAGGUACAAUAACAACGGGACAACAAAUGAUCGAACAAAUGAAUAUAUGACUAACUAGUCUUAGGCUACUGGUUUCGCAAUUUUCCGUCGAGGUUGUCUUGUCCAGUUCGAUCCCGUUCCAUUCCGACGGUCCCGGUUCUUACAAGAACUCAUCUUUGGCUAGCACAGAAUAACUGGUGGUUGUGUGUGUGUAUAUAUAUAUAUAUAUAUAUAUAUAGAUGAUGUAAUGUUCUAACAGCAUCAGCCAUUCUUGUUCAAUUCUAUAAUUGUUUUCCUAUACAUAAAUACAUACAUAUUAGUAUGCGCA